CACAUGGACUGCGGGGAAUCCCCAAUCGUCAUUACUAUUAUAAGAAGGUGAUUUCCAUCUCCACGCAUAUAUGGUUACUUUAGUGAGACUGAUUUUUAGGAUAAAUUUUGAGCCGCUAAAACUGGCUCUGCACAGUAAAAAGUUUCAGAAAUUUGCCAUCCACAGAGCAAAUCAUUUAAACCUUUUGGUAUAUUUUUCUACUUGCUGACAAUGGCCCAUGAAUUUGCAGAUGACUCUUCGGACGUUUUUCAAAAAGAGUCAGGGGAAGAUGUCCCAAUUUAUGGAAGUUUUGGUGCUGAUCCAACUUUAGCCAGUUCUGAACCAUUUCAGGCUUUAAAAGGUGCAUAUGAGCAUAUCAAGCAAAGCUUGCAUAGUACAAAUGAUAAAUGCAAAUUUCUCACGAUAGAAAUGAAGAAACUUCAGAAAGAAAAUGAGAAAUUGAAGCAAAGUAAUGAAUCAUUGGAAAGAAUAAAUUCUUUUGAGAUUUCACCAGAAGUAGCAGAUAAGAAUAAAAUAUACUUGCUCAAUACAAAGAUAGAAGAACUCACCCGUGAAAAUAGUGAACUUCGGACAUCAUUACCAAGUCAAAGUCAGGCAAUCACACUAACAACAGGCAAUGAGCAAUUUUCAGAAACUCAAUGUCAAAGUAAAGAUUGUCUGAAAAGAAUUCAAUCAUUAGAAAAUAUAAACAAGGGUCUAACAACAGAUAGCAAGCUACAAGAAAACAAAAUAAAGAUGCUAAAUGAAAAAUUGUUAGAAAAUCAGAAUGCUGAGGAACACCAAAAAGGAAAUUUAUUACAGUCAUCUGUCUCGGAAAAAUCUAAGUUAAGUGGAAUUUAUGAUAUAAUAUGUAGCCUGAAUAUAUCUAAUUCAACUGAAUGGUAUGCUGAACUACAGCAGAUACAGCAAGAAAUAGAUAGAAAGCUAACAGAGAUUUCCCUCCUUCAAGGAGAUUCAGAUAUGGAAACUGAUGGGAAUGAAGAUCAAACAGAAAAUGCGGAUAUGGUAGAGUUUGAUGUUGGAUAUUUCCUGUCGGACUAUAAAAAAUUGAAGGAAGAAGUUAAAAAUCUAUUACACCAGCUACAAUAUUACAGGGAAUUAAAUCAGGCUGGUAUGCUGAAUAUCAGGAGUAGAAAAAAACGAGAAUCAGAUUCUGAAAUGGAAGAUGAUCCGAUGAAUAGACAGUUUUAUAGCCGUUUUAGAGAAUUAAUACCAAGUUCUAGCAUCAAACGUCCACCAAAGGAAGAGUUGGGAACUGCUGCUCUAGGCGAAAUUCCACCAUCUCUUGAGGGAAGUGAGGAGGACCUCUACGGUGGCUCCCCUCCACAGAUCCAGCAAAGUAGUACUAGUACCAGCAUAUAUGGUCAAGGAUUUUUUAGGGCUAUGCGAAAUUCUGAAGAAAAUAGCCCCAUGGUUAGACUUCCUUCAUCAAGUUAUGGUGCAGCCACAAAUGUCCCAGCUAUGCGUGAUAUUACACAUUUCGGACCAGGGAGUGCACCAACUUUUUCAACCAGUGGUCGUAUGGGAUCCGCUAUUACCUUUACUCACGGAAUUGGAAGCCCAGUGGCCAGUCAAAGCCAAGAGUCAGAAGGCAAAUUUAAAAUACCUAUUAUGCAAGAGACAGGUGAGGGCCUGUUACCACCCAGAAAUCCUCCUAACCUACAAGAGGAUUUACAUGCUGCUGGACGCAGUUCUCCUGAGGUAUUUACACCAGCUGCCCUUCUGGAAGAGCAAAAAAAAGAAGCUGAGGCUGGUGAUAUGACUCCAGUAGACCCAGAAUGGACUUCCUGCCCAAUGUGCAGCCGGCAAUUCGAUCGCUCUUUAUUUUCAGCUGAGUUCAUUAACCAUCAUGUAAAUUCUCAUUUUGAUGGAAGUUCUGAGUAUGAAUUUGUUGAUAUCUUACAAUGAAAAGAACAUGGAUUUGAUUAUCUUUAGACCCCAUUUACACUUGGUUAAAUCUUCCUAAGGCCAUCGUUAAAGCGUAAACAGAAACUAACACAGAGCGUGCUUAACUUUGUCAAAGUAUUUUUCAGUCUGCUCCUUGAUGUUUUUGUGUGUGAUCCAUGGAAUGAUGCUUGAGUCUCCGUAGCGAUAAUCUAAAAAUUAUAUCAACAAACUCCCUCACUUGAUGACACAAAGAUAGCUAAAUUAUCCAAAUAAGUCUUGUGCAACUUGUACACAGUGGUAUAUCUAGAAGUCUUUCUACAAGAUUUUUUUUUUGGGGGGGAGGCGCGUAAUUUUUGGAGAGGUGUGCGCACCGCCCUAGAUAUGCCACUUCUUGUACAACUCAACAAUUAACAUAUUAAAUUCUAUGUGCUUCAUUAUUCAGACAUUUGGACCUAUAUCACAUUUUCAAAUUUAUUUGUAGAAUGCAGUCUACCAUUUCAAUCAAAUUAUGUUUUUAAUUUUGGCAUUGGUUUAAAUUCAGUUUUCCCUCACGCUCCUCUCUCUCUCUCCUGAUAAAAAUAUUUCCACCAUUAAUACCUGUGGCGGAUGCAGGGUUGGGGUACAGAUGGUGCGAUUGCACCCCCCUAAAUUGUAUUAAAAAAAAUAAUUGUUGAUAUGAAGAUAAAUUAAAUUUCUGGUCAUGUAGAGGUCUAUAUUCUUAAAAUUUUAGCAUGUCAGCCCCAAUCAUGGCGGGGCUGAGAUGGUGUGGACCCCCCUACUGCCAAAUAAAUGAAAUUAAAUCUGGUAUGCGAGUGCAAUUUCCGGGCAUAUUCUCAAAAUUUUCGCCCCACAGCUCCAACCAUGGUGGGGCUGAGGUGGUGCGGACUCUUCUUCACCCCCUACCGCCAAAUCCUGCAUCCGCCCCAGAAUACAGUUUUGAAUACAAGUUGCAUGAUUUGUCUCUUCAAACUGUCUAGGCCUAGGUCAAGGAGGUGUGUGACUUUUUAAGCAAUUUAGUUCCAUAUGCUACAUAGAUUAUUUCAAUUCAGAUUAGAUUAAACAGUGCAUUUAAGAAUUGCCUUUGGCCCCUGACAUGCCAACAUACAAUUUUUCAUACACUAAACGUGAAACAAUGUACAGUCAGCUAUAAUAAUUGCAUUAACACAUACUGUGAAGUGGCUUCUCCCAGCGUGACAACCCUGCAGCUGUGAUGCUAUACUUCGAUGGUGCAUAAACAUUGUAUUAUAUUCAGAAUACAGAAUUUAAUUGAGUGAGACUACAGCAGAUGAAAUAAAAACAAAACAAUGUGCUAUUAGUGUGCUAGAUGUUUGAAGGUUACUGAAAUCAGAAACCAUGUUGAGGAAGUAUAAUCCUGAUGGCUGUCAUCUUCCUUUCUCAGGCUCUACACUGCAACUAAAUUAUUAAAGUGAGGUAUAAAAGACUGCUGGAUGUAGACCAAAGAUACUAGAAAUACAAGAUAGAGUUCUCCACACAAAAAAAGUGUUCCACCGUAGUAUAGGAAACUUGCAUGGUUAAAAUGAAGGGCGCCGUCUACGUUGGGCACGACUUCCGCCUCAUUUUUACAAUGGGAGUAUCUUUGAUGUAGACAAAGUGGUCUGUAUUUUGUAGUUUGGAGCAUUGGAUGCUUGUGUGUUAGUGAUUCCUAAACCUCUUUGAUGAUGGCAGUACUGAGUCUCUACACUGCAACUACAGGGGUUAGCUACAAGUAGGUUGUUCCACAAAUGCAUACUACAAUGUUAAAGGGACGUAUGGAAGCAUGCUGGAUGUAGAAAAAUUGAUCUGUAUUUUGUAAUUUGGAGCAUUGGAUGCUUGUGUGUUAGCAAUUCCGAAACAUCUUGUUUGGUGAAGGUACUGAGGCUCUACACUGCAACUACUGAGCUUAGAUACUAGUAGGUUGCAUCACAUUACUUAUGUUCACUACGAUAUUACGGAAAUGUAUGAAAGAAAUCUAGAAAAAGUGAUCUGCAAAAUCAUCAUGCAUUGAAGCGAUUGUGUGUGUAUGUUAGUGAUUCCUUAAUCUCUUGUAUGAUAUGGCAGUACUGCGGCUCUAAACUGAAACUUUAGAGGUUAGCUUCUAGUAGGUUGUUCGACAAAUGCAUACUACAAUAUAAAGAGAGGUACAAAAGAAUGCUGGAUAUGGAAAAAGUUACCUGUAUUUUGUAAGUUGGAGCAUUUGUGCUUGUGUUGGUGAUUCUUAAACCUCUUGUUUAAUGACAGCAUUGCAGCUUUUAAAACUUGCUCUGGGUAAGCAACCAGUCGUUGUGUUUAAUCCAUCAGUUUACAUAGUAUUCAAGUUUGGUACACUAUGUACAAUACUGUACCAGUGUCUUGUAGGCUUUGGUUUUUACAUUUUUGGACCAUGAUUUUGUUUUUCACAUCCGGCCCAAGAGUUAUCAUCCUUUUUUAUCAUUCUCUCAGGAUGGCUAUGUUUGGCAAUUACUUUAUGACACCUAGAUAUUCAUGUUGGACAACUUUGCUAAUGAUGUCCUUAUAAGCGCUGAAUGAAGUGCUUGGGUUUUUCACUGAUAAAAUUUGACAGCACAGAUUUUGAUUAUGUGGUCUAUAACUUAAGGCAGAAAGUUUUGUACGUGUACUUAAAAUUCAUUCUGUUUGAUCCCCAUAGUUUGAGGAUUUCUCAGAAAAUUAUCUCUCGGGUACGACUUUAUUGUCUUGAAAGGCAAUUUUCUGAAAGAGUAUUACACUUUCAUAAAAUUGCCAUUCAAAACAAUGGACGUACUCUAUAUAAAGGGCCAUAACGAGCCUUAGGAAAUCCCAGAGGAGACCUCAACUCAACUAAAGAUUAACCAUGAUUGCUUGAAUCUGAAAGAGGAAUGUAUUGAUAUCCAGAUAUGAAAGGACCAUCCAGUGCUACAGAAAUGUACAUUGACAGACAAGAGGCGAUGGGAAAUCAAGCAAGAUUUCAUCACCCAGGCUGAGUAGUGCAAAUGUAUGUUGCAAGUUCAUUAAAUUUGUUUUCAUAUCAGUUGAAAGAUAUUUAUAAAUCAUUUGCAGGUUUUCAUUGGCAUUGGGAUGGAAUGAAUGAACCUAAUUUAUUAAAAUAGCAAGUGAUAUAUGAAAUGCUUCCUUCAUUGAUUGAUUGAUUGAUUGAUUGACAGUGCAAGUAAUAAAUGAUAGGAGUUUUUUUAAAUCAGCUGUCGGGGGGGGGGAGGUUAUGUACUGAGCUGGAAAAACUACCAUUUUGUGUGUUAGGCUGAAAAAAUAUACCUAAUUAAGAAAUAAUGUAGUUUUUACAUGUCUGUAAAAAUUGGGAGAUGGUAACUUAUACUUCUUCAAAUUUUGAUCAAGUAUUUGUCGUUGAUCCUGUACUACUUGGCUUAAGGGGCAAAAUACAGCCCAUUCGUCAUCGGAGUCAGAAAGUGUGUAUGGAUGUAAAUAAAUGUGCUUUAUCAUAGAAAUUGAGGGCUUAGGAUAUUUAAUAGAUGAAUGAGAACGAAUUUAGGCUGAAAAAAGCUUAAUUUAUGUGUGUAACACUUGAGGUUAAUUUGGCUGCAUUCCAGCACACCUGUUAUCACUACGAGAAGCAUUGCAAUACACCUGUGAUCACCACUAUGCAAAUUGUAAAAAAUGUUCUCUUGCAUCAUAAGUUGUGGAAAGCAUUUCACUGCACCUGUGAUGAUUUCAUAGGCUGUGGUUAGCAUUUCAGCACAAGGUUAAUCAUAUAAAAGAAAGUUAUGACAAAUUUUGAAAGUAAAAUCCUACUUAGGAACAUAUUAGUAUUAGCAAGUUGUGAAUUUGAAAAAAAAAAUUACAUGUGAAGUAAUAAUGAAUCUUAGUUUUACCAAUAUAUUGUUAUUUACUACAAAACAGCAGAAUGAUUAAACAUGUUAAACUUGUAUUAAGACAAAGAAACAUUCUCGCUUACGGUACCUUCAAUUUGCGUAUACAAUAGAUAGAAUCUACUGUACACAUUAAGCAUAAAUAUACUUGCAAAAUCCAUAAUUUUAGUUGCGUUGGAAUGUUUUUCCCAUCAUGAUUACAACUUUACUCCACCUGUGACUACUCCAUGGUCACAGGUGCAUUGAAACACACAGCAACCCAGGUGUGAUUGAAAUGCAACAAAGAUGUGACCUCUCCCAUGGUCACAGGUGCAUUGAAACACUGCAACCCAGGUGGGCCUACUUUACAUUGAAUCAUAUAACAGGCACACUUGGGAUCUACUGCAGUGUUUAAAAUGCACCUGUGAUCAUGGCUGUACUUUAGUUUUGUUGACCAUAUCACAGGUGGAUUGAAGCACAGCAAUAGAUCCCAGGUGUGCCUAAUUAUAAUUGAAUGAUAUAAUACUAGUUGAAAGGCCUAUUUAACAAAUCCACAUAGUUCUAGAAGACUAUUGUAAGAUGUAUCUGUUUAUUGUGAUUAUGGGCAUUAAUUAAAUUGUAUAUUUGUUCAAUUUUUAGCAAGAUCAAGGAGCAUGAUUGUUGAAAUACAUUUAUAAUAUUUGUAGUGUGUAUAUAUUCAUCGACUAUGCUUCUAAGAAUGUUUAGUUGAAGUUCGUUAUUCUUUUUUGUAUUUGUUUUCGUUAUAUUGUUAUUGGCACUGUGUUAAUAUUAUUGGUUAAUUCCA